AUGAGUGUAAUUAGCGAAGCUGAUACAUUCCUUGAAGAGCAAUGCCAAGAUUAUGAUCCAAGUGUCACAAACGGAUUUGAAAUUAAGUUCAACCGUGAAAUCAUCUAUAAAAACUCAGGAAGAGAUAAAAUUUAUAGAACAAGAAUUUUAACAAGUACGGAUGAAGAAGGUGCACUUAACGAAGUUAGAUUUGAACUAUUUGAUGACGAAAACAUCGAUUUUCUUUACGAAUGUAGUUUAACAGCUGCUGAAUACGAAGAUUUCAAAGCAGCAAAUCAGCUUACAAUUCCUUUCGAGAACUUUGCGAACUCUGUUCAACUCCUUCUUGAAAACAGUGUUAAAAAGGUCGAAGAGUUUGAAUGCAGAUUUGCAGAAAACGUAGAGGAAGAAGCAGCUAGCAUUAAGUUCUAUCAGAAGCUUAGACUACGCCAAGUUGAAAUAUUUGGAUUAGAUUUCCAUAGAAGCGAUAAAGAAUUCAUCGAAGCUCAUGCUCAAUCUAGAUUCAAUCGCCUUAAGAACGAACUAUCUCAUAAGCGCCGUGAGUAUGAAGAAAUUCUUAAGAAGAUUCAAGCAAAGAAUCCAACAAUUGCUAAACGCCUCAAAGCAGCUGUUGAAAAUGCAGUUAAAAAGGCAAACUGA